AUGGAAGAGACUUGCUGUGCUCCUAUGGAAGGGUAUAUAGAAACGCAUAACGAAUGCAUGAGAACCCAUAGCACUUUUGAAUUCACUUGUUACGUAUCAAGAUGUGUGACAGCCAAGUUGCGCUAUAGAAAAACUAACGUAAUAGACCCAGAGAUGGUUAAAUCGGCGUUUUGGAAAUAUAACCUGUUUAGUCCGGAGACCAAGCCAUUGACUGAUGAGAUAACAAAAAACUGUUUGGACGAUAAGUAUUUUGACUACGUUACUAGUGAAACUUAUUGCGAUUAUAACAAGUUUGAACUCUGUGCCAACGUUAACGCGCUGAUGGGUUGUCAAGAGUUCUAUAGUACCCCCUCGUGUGAAGCGCUAGCAGAAAAUGUGGCUAUUUGUAAACCAGUUCUGCAAGACUACUUGGAUUACCUCAAUGGAAGUGGUUCUUGCUAA